UCGGCGAGGCUGGAUUUUGGAGACGUUGAAGAUUGUGAGAAGAUGUUGGGCGGAGUGAACCAUCACCGGGAGGGGUUUUGGUUGGAGCCAACAAGGCUUGGCGCGCGGAUGCCUGUGGACUUCACCUCGAGCGAUCUCGUUGUCGUAUUCUCGCACCAGCGAAGACCUGAGCGUGGACGGAGAAUUCCAGUGCUUGAUUCCUUGGAGAAAGAUGGUGACUGCCGGGUAAACGGUGACGUUUUCAGAGAGGGAAAGUCACGAUACUUCCCGCCCGGCCAUGCCGCCCCGACGACCGCAUAAGAAAUCCCGGAAUGGGUGCGACCAAUGUAAGAAACGAAGAGUAAAGUGUGAUGAAAACGGACCACCUUGUUUACAGUGUGCCCGGAGGGAGCUGCCCUGCGACUAUUCUCGUGCUGUCAAACGCAGCGCCCCGAACCCAGCAACCAGCCUCGCUAGACCUAUCGAAGGGCCAUGCUACGAACCCUCGCUUCCCUCAAACUCACUCUCGCCAGUUAGCGCGAGCCCGUUUGCGCGGAAGACCGCAUUACGGGAUCUAGAACUGAUGCACAAGUUCUCCACAGAGACAUACAAAAGUCUUUCCAUCGAGGAUUCAGAAGAACAUGUGUGGCAGAUGGUCCUGCCGCGGAAAGCUCUAGGAUAUGAUUUUCUCAUGAAUGGCAUGCUAGCCCUGGCUUCCUUGCAUAUCGCAACCAGCUUGUCCCCCCCAGCAGCAUUGUCUUACAUUGAUACCGCGCUCGAGUACUACAACAUGGCAAUUGCACCGUUUCGACAGGCCCUAGAUAACAUCACGCCUGUGAAUUGCGAGCCCGUACUCGCCCAUUCAGUGAUAACCACUGCUUUGGGAAUCGCUCUCCCGCAGAUGACCGCAGACCACGAACAAGGGAGCAGUAUGACGGAAAACAUUAUCUUCGUCUUUGAACUACUCCAGGGAGCUGGGAAUAUAUUCAAAAUCACUAGAUCAUGGCUUCGUGAAGGAACAAUCUUUGCAUCCAAAUCUGACUUUUGGGCCCGACCGGCAGCAGAUCGUCUCGACGACGAUAAGGAAUUGGCUCUUAAGCGCCUCGCUUGUCUGAAUGACGAUACGCUGGAUACAGCGAAUCCGGAAAAGCACCGUAUUAACCAGGACGCUAUCAGCUUGCUGCAUCGCUGCUUUCGCCGUUUCACCCUGAGCUCCACCAUCGACGCGGUCCUGGCAUGGUUGGCCAUGGUCGAUAAAGAUUUUGUCGUUGCGGUGCAGCGUCGAGAACCGCUGCCUGUGUUGAUUUUAAUGCAUUGGGGCGUGCUCUUGCAUGAACUUGACGGCCGACGAUGGUGGGCGAGGAAUUCAGGUAAGGCGCUGAUUUUUGAGCUGUCGACGGCCAUUGAGCCCCAAGGCGUCCAGUGGGAGGAAGCACUUCACUGGCCACAGCGUUCGAUUGGUUCAUAGCUCAGGUGGUUCUGUAUAUCUGUAUAUACCUAUGCUAAGGAGGCAUGUCGUCCAGAGGAAUGAUCUUGUUGACUAUUCUUGGGAGCGGUACUGCACGUUAUCUACGAAGUGGCGGUUCUUUGCUGAUAUAAUGAAUUCAUCGAUAGUUUCUUAAAUAUCCCAAGGGUUUGUAUCGUCACUCGAAUCUUCCAUUCAUCAUUCAGUGCCGUGUCGGCGUCUCGAUCGCCCCUUGAACCGCACCUUGGCCGAUCUUGCAGUUUGUGUCGCGUCAUUUCACCAACGAUGCCGCAUCUCCGAUGAGAGUCGAAACAGCUUUUGUAAAUAUACGAGUCGUACAGAAACUCACUUCUCUCCAGCUAGUGGUUGGCCAUCACUAUGGCUAACUACCGUUGGACCGAGGGCCAGCUGGGGUCAGCUGGGUCCGCCACCCUUGGCUGCUUUAGUGCUACUUAAAUGCAGUUAAGCUCCUUGUUCUCACUGGAAUCAAACUCGUUCGUAAUAUCUCAAUCUUUUGAGGUUUUACGAGGUGGAGAAAACUCCCAAACAAGUUAAAAAGAUGCAUAUAUAUCCGGAGUAUUAUCCGAGCAACCAUCCCAACUAAAAAGGGAUGGCCCCGCAAAA